CGUCCUUUAGCAGCGACUAACACCAUCCAGGUUCAAACGACUAUAAAGCUCUAUACACAGCAAUUCGCAUGCUAUGGCUCGAAUCGAUGACCUGCCUACGGAGAUCCUCAUCGAAAUCCUCCUCGCUGCCCUGCCCACGUACUGGUUCCGCUCACGGCCAUUCUCCGAGCGCCUCCACAUCAGCCAAGUUUGCAGUCGGUGGCGUGCUAUAUGCUUGCAAACGCCGCGUAUCUGGCGGCGUAUCUCGUAUACCCAGUACAGGAGCGAAGACGGAUGGCGCGACGAGGAUGUGGCCGCCCUGCGCGAAUAUCUUCAGCGAUCAGCGGGAGCGACUCUGUCUGUCACAAUGGGGAACUACCGGGUCUCAGGCUACGUGGACGCGCUGAGGGGCGGGCUGCCCUGCAUCAGCGACUUGUGGUCCGUCGUUUUCGCAGAGUCGCGACGCUGGCGGGUGGCGCGCUUCGUACUCGACGAAGGCGUGCCGAUCCCCGUUCCAUACGAUGAGCCUAUCGAUAUCCCGGAGCUCGAGGAAGCGGGUGUUGUGUGCCCUGUAGACCCCGACCUAGCCUACCCCAUCGAGUUCUACGACUUGGCUUUCCGGUGGUUCGCCAACGCCCCCAAGCUUCGUCGCCUCUCCAUCGGCGAGCCCUUCUUCGCAUCGGUCGUGGAGGUUGUGUGGGAGCGUCUUACCCACCUCAAUCUCGGCCUGAGCUCCGAGUCCCUGCAGGAGUAUGUCACCGAGAUCCUUCCCCGCUGCACCGCUCUCGAACACUUAGAGAUUAGCAAUGUGUACGUGGACUGGGAAGAGGGCAUCCCUGUUGUCGAGAUACCCACGCUGCGCGCGCUCGUUCUCCACGACGAGGCCGUGUUCUUGUGCCGCUACCUUCACGUACCCCGGCUCGAGCGACUCGCGGUCAACGUCGAUCACCAUGGGCCGCAAAAGAACCAUCGGGAUGCGUUCCUCAUGCUUGCUCAGCGGCAUCCCUUGGGUGAACUGCGGUACCUAUACAUCAACGCUCAGCUUCGUAUCUGGUCCAAUGUGGAUGCCAUGCUGGAGCAUACACCCGGGCUCACUUAUCUUCACAUAGCAGACAGUUCACGCUGGAGGCCCCCACCGGAGCUGCCUAAAAUCUGUGCCAUCGGCAGGCUUAGAGCCCUACGGACUCUGUCUCUGCAGCUUGACGUAUCCGGGUGGAACAGCUCGGCGGCGGCGACGCAGCUCGCCGCCGAACUUGCGCGGUUGCCAGAGCUGGAGAAGUUUGAGAUGUGGAAUAAGCGGGACGACCCCGAUCAUGAUACGGCGUUCGAUGAGCAAUGGCUGAAAGGACUACGGGAGCGUGGAGUAGCAGUGGAGAAGAGAUCUUGGUAUCCUCAUCUACCUGGGGACUCGGGUGUAUGGGAGUCGGAUUAGGUCUAAAAAGUACCUGUCG